AGAGAGAGAGAAAGAGAGAGAGAAAGAGAGAGAGGCAAAAUAAAGCAGAGAAGCAGUUAGACACCUACUCGGCGUUUAUGCUCCGUCGUAUUUGAAUAAACAAGGACUCGCUUCAACACAUUGUAGCCCGUUCCCUGCUCGGCUAUCACUCCUCUCUAUCCGGUUGUUUCUUCUCGCCUGCCCCUAAAAGAGAAAAAGAGAGGGGGAGAGAGAGAGAGAGCGCCCGCGAGAGAAGCCGCUCGUGCAGCGCGCGGAGGAUUAAUAAUAAGGUGGAAUCAGAAUUACUCCAAAUCUUAUUUCGUGUCCCCGAAGCGGAUGAUGCUGCCGCAGACGUGUGCCUAAAAAAAACAAAAAAGAAAAAGUCGGCUUCUCAACUUGCUAUCUGAUACCAUUCAUCCAGGUGUAUGUGCCGAGGCGGUAUGCCCCGGGGAGUAGUGCUGACAGUGCACUAGGAGUCUGAACCUUGUCAGUAUUGGUGGCUCAGGAGGAGAGAUACCCUGCUGUGCGGAGCCGAGCCCUGCCGUCCUGUGCUGUGCCGCGUUUGACGCCAUGUCCCUGACUGACAAACACAAAGUGAAGAGACAGCGACUGGACCGAAUCUGUGAAGGUAAAGUUUUGUGUAUUCGGCCUCAAAUCAUGAACGGGCCCAUGCAUCCCCGCCCGUUGGUGGCCCUGCUGGACGGGCGUGAUUGCACCGUCGAGAUGCCCAUCCUUAAAGACUUAGCAACCGUUGCCUUCUGUGAUGCUCAGUCCACGCAGGAGAUCCACGAGAAGGUGCUUAAUGAGGCAGUGGGUGCCAUGAUGUACCACACCAUCACCCUGACCAGAGAGGACCUGGAAAAGUUCAAAGCUCUACGCAUCAUCAUCCGCAUCGGCAGCGGCUACGACAACAUUGACAUAAAGGCUGCUGGAGAGCUGGGCAUCGCCGUGUGCAACAUUCCCUCGGCAGCUGUGGAGGAGACGGCAGACUCGACCUUGUGCCACAUCCUCAACCUUUACCGGCGGAACACCUGGCUCUACCAGGCUCUGCGGGAGGGCACGCGAGUCCAGAGUGUGGAGCAAAUCCGGGAGGUGGCGUCCGGUGCCGCCCGCAUACGUGGCGAAACCCUGGGUCUCAUCGGUUUUGGUCGUUCGGGCCAGGCGGUUGCAGUGCGAGCCAAGGUUUUCGGCUUCAACGUCAUCUUCUACGACCCCUAUCUGCAGGACGGCCUGGAGCGCUCGCUGGGCGUCCAGCGCGUCUACACCCUGCAGGACCUGCUCUACCAGAGCGACUGCGUCUCCCUGCACUGCAACCUGAACGAACACAACCAUCACCUCAUCAACGACUUCACCAUCAAACAGAUGCGUCAGGGUGCAUUCUUGGUCAAUACUGCACGGGGAGGUCUGGUGGAUGAGAAAGCUCUGGCCCAGGCGUUAAAGGAGGGAAGGAUACGCGGAGCUGCCUUAGACGUCCAUGAGACCGAGCCCUUCAGUUUUGCUCAGGGCCCACUGAAAGAUGCUCCAAACCUGAUCUGCACACCACACACAGCCUGGUACAGCGAGCAGGCCUCACUGGAAAUGAGGGAGGCCGCAGCUACCGAGAUCCGAAGAGCCAUCACCGGCCGUAUCCCUGACAGCCUACGAAACUGCGUCAACAAGGAGUUCUUUGUCACUACGGCACCGUGGGCGGUCAUGGAUCAGCCAGGCGUUCACCCUGAGCAUAAUGGCGCUGCCUACAGAUACCCGCCAGGUGUGGUUGGAGUGGCUCCGGGCGGCAUCCCAGGGGCUUUAGAGGGCAUGGUGCCUGGUGGGGUGCCCAUCGCCCACACCUUGCCCUCUGGUACACACCCCUCCCAGGCCCCAUCGCCCAACCAGCCCUCUAAACACGGCGACACUAGAGAGCACCUCACCGAGCAAUAGCAGCAGAAAGGAUACAUACGGCAGCAUCUCAUCCGGCCUGUUGACACUCAGAAACAACCAAUCAAAGCAACUGACCAACUGGGACCAAGAGACAGUGAAACGACACAAGCGGCUGCCUGCUAAAAAUCCAGCCAGCAACUGGGAACAAAAGAAGUGUUCCGGGAAAUUUGUACUUUUAACCCUUUUAGUUUUUACUCUCUGUCUCUUUGGGUUCAGUUACCGACUUUACUCUUUGAUGAUGAUGUAUUUUUGUCUUUCUUUGGGACAUGCCUAUGAUUGUGGACACAGAGUCCAGUGUUUUUAGUGCUCCGGGAUUACCCGAUGAGACUCUGUUCAGCUGCCCCCACCGUACCACCCACCUCAGAGCUCAUGGGAAAUGUAAGCCCACUUCUAAACACACCAACUGAACAAGAGAAAAAAAAAGAAAAGAAAGAAAAACCUUUGGCAUCAUACGUUACUGGAUCGUAUGACCCCUGACAGCGCUCCUAAUCUUCCCCGCCUCUUCUUCACCCAGCUCCAAUCCUCAUUAUGUAACAAGUGUGUGUUAUUUAGGCCCCCAAUUAUGCCUCAGAAGAGAAUUAUUAUUAAUAUUGUUUUUUUCUUUUUAUCAUCAGUGUGAAUGACUAAAAAAUGGAUUAUCAGCUUAUAUAUAUUUAUCAAAUUAAAGAAAAAGAUUGUUCAUCAAUUAUAGUAAUCAAAAGUGGGCUUUAACCCUUUCCUGGCAGUGGUACAUUUGACACCUGUCAAAGCUGGAGUUACAGCUUUUCACCACUAGAGGGCACUUGUACACAGUGUGAGAAUUUUUGAGUUUUAAGUGUCUCCAACUUACUACUUUUUAAAGCAGUUGGUGAUUAACACUAAAGCCAUUCAUUAAACACGUAAUUGCAGCUGAAGCUUUUGAAAAUAAAAGUUAUUUUGUACUUUUAGUUCCUAAAAGCUCAGCGAUGCAUCCGGUUCUCUCCAGAGAAGCGUCUGAUGGCUAACUAAUCAUAAUGGCAGUCUUGUUAGACAUGGUGACCCGGUCCCUUCUGUGAGCACAUUUCGCACUGAAGACAGGAAAGGGUUAAAUUCAGCAUGGUUUCUUAAUGACUCAGGAAUAACACUUUUUUUUUUGCAGAUAUUGUUUCUCCUCCCGCCCCUCCGCCCCGCAAAAUAAUUGUCUAUAAAAGGAAAAAAGAAAAAACAAAGACUGAUCUGGUUCGUCUGAAUAUUGAGUAUUUCUCUCCAUCAUCCUCUCCAUCGUGGUAUUUUUAUAAAAAGGACACAUUCCCACAUUUUUUUGGUGUUAAAGAGUUUUGAGGAGUCCUGUUAGAUUCGUAUUGCCUAGUUAAAUGUUCCUAUAACCAUAGUCCUAUGUGAUCCACCCUCUCUACCUGCUCCUUAAUAUUUCCUUUGUUCUAAUGAAGGCCAGGUUCUUUGGGGCAUCCUGUACUCUGUAUGAGCAAUAGCUGAAACUCCUAUUUAGUGUCCCAACAAUAGCAGAAGAGGCAGCCAGCAGUAUGUUUUUGUUUUUAGUGUGAGUAUUUGUAUUUGUUUCUUGUACAAGGUGAACAUUUAGCAUUCAGUGCAGUUCAAAUAAAAAAAGAAAGAAAAAAAAAAGAUAAGAAAGAUACGAUUCUGAGAA